UGGUUACAUUUACAGCCGGACCGGGUGGUAGGAGGGGUACGAACUGAGAAAGCAGAGGCCGAGGGAGAGCGAGUAGAAAUGGGGAGAAAGAAGGGAGUGGAAUUCGAUGAGGCGGCACCGGAUGACUUCGAUCCGUCGAAUCCGUACAAGGAUCCAGUGGCGAUGCUUGAGAUGAGGGAACACAUAGUGAGGGAGAAGUGGAUCGCCAUCGAGAAGGCGAAGAUCCUGAGGGAGAAGCUCCAGUGGUGCUACCGCAUCGAAGGCGUCAACCACCUCCAGAAGUGCCGCCACCUCGUCCAACAGUACCUCGACGCCACCCGCGGCAUCGGCUGGGGCAAGGACCAUCGCCCCCUCUCCCUCCAUGGUCCGAAGGUCGAGGCGGUUGAUUCGGAAUGAUUGGCAGCACAAAUUUUUAAGGGAACUCAAUUUGGCCAGUAGGUGAAUGCGCAUGCUGAAAGAAGACGGAAGUGGGGGCCUGCCUGUUUGGCAGUUUGGUUGUAUUUUGGUUCUUUUGCUUUAUUUGGACUUGUAAUCUAAUCAUCUACAAAUACUUUCUUUCGUUAUGUGCAGAAAGCCAAAUGUUAUUGCUUUGGCUUUCAUCUUAGAUUUUAUUGCCUCAUAGCAUCCAAAAAAUGGCAAUGAUCUGGACCAGGCAGGCCGUGAAUGAAAGUACAUCAGAUUAAAUAAAAUUUCCUGUCACUCCUUGGUUGUACCA